AUGCCAUCACCUUGUGGUCGAAACGCGGUAGUCAUCUUUUGCUCUACACCUAGCAAGGCGCACAUUUGUUUCCAGAAAGCUGCAGUAAACUUAGAGUCGCGGUCCGAAAGCACCACGUUUGGAAGUCCAUGUAGGCGAAAAAUCUCUCGAUGGUAUCGCUCUGCAUCAUCCUCAGCCUUGUCAGUCACCUUCCUCGCCCCAAAAUGCGCGCGCUUGGUAAGUUGGUCAAUCACUAUCAUCACAAUGUCAAAACCUCGAGGUGUCAUCGGUAAGCAGGUGAUAAAGUCCAUUGCAACAUGGCUCCAUCGUCGAAGUGGAAUCGCAUGGCUAUUCAAAUGCCCAGGGGGGGGGGGUUCCGUUCGAGCCUUAGUCCGCAUGUACACUUCGCAGCCUUUCACAUACUUCGUGAUAUCACGCACCAUACGAGGCCAAUAG